GAGUGAGUGAGCAGGCUGUGGGCUAUUCUGCUAUUCAUGACCCCCUACAUUUAAGCAGCGGAGGAACCUCGAUCACGUUGCACUCAAGUAUUUAUGGAGAGUGUUAUCUGCAUUUCAAACACCCAUAAGUAAGUCGGAGUUCUGAAAUUCUAUACGUGGUCACAGUUUUCUCGUUUGGCCACAUCGUAUACAUGCCAUAAAUGCCUAGAAAACAAAGGAUUCCUCUAACUUCCAAUGUGAUGCAUCUGUCCAAGAGGAAAAUUACUCGACUAAGAUGGGUAAUAAGCAAACGAUAUUUACUGAUGAACAGUUAGACGCCUACCAGGAUUGCACCUUUUUCACACGUAAGGAAAUCCUUCGGUUACAUGGACGAUUCCAUGAACUGGCUCCACAUUUAGUUCCCAUGGACUACACAGAUGACCCUGAUGUUAAAAUACCUUUAACUCUCAUAGUCAACAUGCCAGAACUGAAGGAAAACCCAUUCCGGAAUAGGAUUGUAGAGUCCUUCUCUGAGGAUGGCCUGGGGAACCUCAGCUUUAAUGACUUUGUGGACAUGUUCUCAGUUCUGAGUGAGAUGGCCCCCAGAGAGCUAAAGGCUAUUUAUGCUUUCAAAAUAUACGAUUUCAAUGUGGAUAAUUAUAUCUGCAAAGAGGACCUUGAGAAGACUCUGAACAAGCUGACAAAGGAGGAGCUAACUCCAGAGGAAGUGAACUUGGUGUGUGAGAAGGCAAUUGAGGAGGCCGACCUGGAUGGAGACAGCAAGCUCUCCUUUGCUGAUUUUGAAAACAUGAUCUCCAGAGCGCCUGACUUUUUAAGCACUUUCCAUAUACGAAUCUGAGAAAGCUUCAACUUCAUUGGGAAAUUCCUCAGUUGAACUUAUUUGGAGUCCAACUUAAUUACAACUUGAAGCCCUCCUGCAAACUUUGGAAACAUAGAGGCCAUUGUGGUGCCUGUCUGCUACAGCGCUGAAGAGUGCUUGCCUGGUCCUGUUCAAACAGUGGUCACUUGCUGGCAAAGCAGGAUUUUGGCUCUCGUUGGCUAUAUCUACCUUUUUUUGCUGUUUUCUGAGGAAGCACAUUUUACAUAGCGGAGGGCUAACAAAAUAUCACAAUGCAUGACUAUUUUUUUCUCACUGGAAAAGCUCUACCAAUAGCUCAGAUUUUCAGAAGGGAUAACAAAGCUUGCCUGACAGACCUGCCACAUGUCUCAUUUACCCAUGUGGUUUUUGAGGAAGGAUGCACCAAAAGGUGGACUGCUCUAAUGGUCUUACACUUCUUUCUUCGUCAGUCUUACAAUGUCCACGGCAGAAACAGACACACUUCAGAUGGACUCUACUCCUGACGUCUUCUCUCAUUUAGGGCUGCUAAAGAUAUAUAUAUAUAUAUAUAUGGUGUGGACAUGGACAGAAGACAUGAGAGGGAGAGAAAGAGAAAGCACAUGAAAGAGGGCUAAAAGCACAGCACUGGCAUCACAGUCAAAAAACUGUUAUACAGCUAUGCAAUCUUUCACUAUGAAAUGCAUGAGUUAAGCCUACAUUAGAUUCACCCCCACUAUAAAUUGCUUUUGCAGUGUCUAAUUCUGUUUGUCUUUUAUUGCUUAUAGGACUGGAGCAUGACGACAAUCAUAUCAAACUGUUCUCCAGUUGAUCGAAGGGCUCUCUCACCUUGUCUUAUAUUCAGCUAUUUGUAAUCCUUGCAUUUUACUGUGCUCUUAUUUAGGCUACUCUCCUCCUGUAUAAAUUUCACCUGUUCGUGUACGUUGUCUAUUAAUGUCAGCCCUUUUCAGUAUUUCAUGUCAUAGAGGGCAUUUGACUUAAAUUUGAAUAAAUUAUUUUCUGUUGUUUGUCA